GAGAGAGAGAGAGAGAGAUGGCAACCCUAAAAGUUCAGAGUGUGGCCUUCACCAUCACAAUCUUGAUAGCAGUCAUGAGUGAAACAAGAUGGCAAGUUGCAGGGGAUAAGGACUGUGUUGAUGGGCUGGGUAUCCUACUAGGGUGUCAAGACAGUAUUGUCAAGGACAAGCCCCCAAUACCACCAUCAUCACUGUGUUGCCAGGCCGUACAAUAUGUGGGCAUGUACUGCCCAUGCAAGCUCAUGAACAAUGAGGGGAUGGAUCACCUAAGCCCAGAGAAACUGGUGUCUGCUGGAAAUGCUUGUGGAAAACCAUUGCUACCUGGCACAAAAUGUGGAAGUUACACAGUUCCUCCUGCAUGAAACCAUACAUAGCUAGGGGGAGUACUGCCCCACAGCACAGAAGGAACUCUAUCUUCUAAGCUACUGCAAAAUAUGACGAUAUUUUUAAAGAGAAUAAUAUUUGUCUCCAAACUGUCAUAGAGAUGUCAAUGGGCCGGAUUGGAUGAGAUGGGCCAAAGCUUUUUUUUUUUCAAAAGGUUAUGACCCUAAACUUCAUUGAAGCAUAAAUAAUCCAUUACAACGUGCCUAGUGAACACAGCUUGUUCCUCAACAUUCACUGAAGAGAAUAUAAGACCACAUAAAACAGCACAAUUAAACAUAGUC